UGCUAAUGGCCAUUUAGAGAGACCGAUGCUAAAUUUUUAAACCGUGUAGGAUUAUAAUGCUACGAAUUCAAUUGCCACGAUGGCGGUGCCAAAUUUCUGAAGCCCGUCGUAGCCGGUGCCAUGUUUGCAAAAUUCUCACUCCACGCGCCUCCGUCAGUCCAGUCCAGUCUUCCUCGCGUCGCUUUCCCCUCUCUCCCGUCGCCAUCGGCGCCGCGACGCGGGAAACCGAGCCGGGGGAAACCCAGCCCACCCACCUCGUCCGCCCCGCGCGCCGCCGGGGAUGGCGGCCGCCGGCACGUCGUUCUCCAUCCGGUACUGCAUUGCGGCUGGUGGCCCGGCCUUCUCCACAUUGCGCCUGCUGCUGCUCUGCCGGUGCCCGACCUCGCCUCACCUCAUCUCGUGCCACUGUUUCAUUUUUAUCGCUGCGACGCAGGGAGUACGCGGUGCGUGCGCGGGCGCGGGCCGAGGGCGGCGGGGGCGGGAGCUGGCCUUUCGGCGGGGACGCGGGGGCGCUACCGCCCAUGGAGGUGCGGCGGUUCCGGUGGUGGCGGGACGAGGCGGCAGCGGUGGAGGAGGAGGAGGCCGAGGUGGAGAGGAGGUUGGCGGCCAAGCGCCGCAAGCGCUCCGUCGCCGAGCUCUUCGCCGCGGUCCCGCGGGUGCCCCGAGGCGGCCAGGGGCGUGGCAAGGGGAAGGCUGCCAAGAGGAAGGCGGAGAAAGACAAGGGAAAGCUAGUGCUCGCUGCCAGUGUUAAGACCAACAAGAAGAAAAAGGUCCCGACUGGGAUCGAUGCCAGACCAAAGGAGAAAAACAGUGGGGUAAAGGUGAACUCAGUUAGCAUUUCUAAGUCAUUUCAGCAUCCUAUAAAAAAUAGGGAACCCAAGAGUUCUUGCAAGAAAAAGGGAAAACAAGAGGUCUCAGUCUUACUGGAUAAGAAAAGUAAGAAGGGAAACAGAAAGUCAGUUUUGGAAAUACACAAAAAGGAUAUGGCAAACAGUGUUCAAACUCAAAGCAUUUGUAAGGAUCAGUCAAAAGCAGGUUCUAGCACAGCACCGAAUACAACAGAUAUGAGGUGUAAAUUAAAUUCUUGUUGCAAAUCAAAGCAUGUUACCUUUUCUGAUGGCGCUGACAUAUUUGGAAGGACCGCACAUCUACCUGCAGAUAAUACAAAGCAACCACAAUCUGUACAGACAUUCCAGCAAGCCACUCAGGAAGGUCGUGACCACCGUGAUAGAGAUGAUCAACAGUUGGUUUAUCAACAAGCUGAAGCUAUAUCCCGGACUGUUGAGAUUACCAAUUCUUUGUCUGAAAAUGUAGUACUAGCUGGUGUUUGCCGUACAAUCCCACUUACCAAACCAAAAGAUAUCACUAUACUGGGAAACUCAGUGGAUCUGAAUCACUGCAUAGAAACUUGUCAUGGCAGUAACUGUUUGAACUCCACGAGUUUGGCAAGCUUAUCUAGUAAGAUGCCAUGUCAAAAAUUCCAAGGUGUGAACUCUCAUCUGAAUGGCAACAAUGUUUCAAGUCUUGAUGUUCAGUAUCUUGGAGAACAAAACCAUAUGAUAUCACAAGCAUCAUUUAAUCCUGUUAGUUUGGCACCCAAGGGAGUAUCAGGUGAUAUGAGCCCAUUGUCAGAGCCUUCCAGUUGUUGUUUAUAUGAUAGGAGCAGUAUCACGUUCCACGAGAAGGCUGAUGCUAAUUACCACUUGGGAAAAGUUAGUUCUGAGAUUCUUAGAUCUGGUAACGUGGUGAGAAGCAUAAGCUCUUCAACAGGAUCAAAUAAACCAGCACAAGCCAUCGAUUGUGUAUCUGCUGCAUUCAGGAACAUGCACAGCCGCCGUGACGAUUAUGUCGGCCUUCCUAUCAAUUCACGAGGUGAAUUCGUCAAGGUUCAUCCUGGUGGCACCCCUAAUUCUGUUGACAUUUUUACGAGGCAGUGUUUGGGGGAGAAUUCCUCAUGCCCCUCAGAUUAUCCAACCAUCUUCAGUUCUAUUACCCGCAUGGAUCAUGUACCCAACUAUCAUGCUCGACAAUUCUAUACAAUAGACCAGUCUGCUUUUCAUGCAGAUCCUCGUUUUCCUCCAGCGGGCCCAAUGGCAUAUGGGAUGGAUGUGAGGCAGUGGCCAAGUUCUGAAAGAGCAAAAGUUCAUUACUACACAAUUCCAAACAAAAAGUAUCCAUGCGCCAAACAGCAAGAGCUUUCAAUGGAUCACAAUUCACAGCAGAAGCUACUUGGGCUGCGAAGCCGCUGUCCCAGCCAGAACUCUGGGCAGGGUAUGCAGCACAACGCCGAAACGACACUGCGCCUCAUGGGAAAAACGGUCACACUUGGGACCAGCAGCAGCAUGCACUGUAGAGGCCUGAACAACGGAACCCCAGCUUGUUCCAGUAAACAAAGCCAAGCUGAAGACCGGGGAACGCGUACGAAAGUUUUCCCACAGCUGUUUCACGGAGGACUGGCUCUGGCUGAUCCCGCUGCUGCGUGUAGGAUAUCAGAUGGAGAGAGGCAACCGUCUGGACACCCGUCACGUUUCUCUUUGGCUCCAGCAGCUGUUCGGGCUUUUCUGCCUGGUACCAGCAGUUUCAGAACAGGUGGCCACAACCAGCAACCUGAACUAGCAACAGCCAGUAAGAAUCCUUAUCUUUCAAUACACUGCAGACAUGCACCGGAGUCAUCUUUCAAUGCAAGGAACAGUUUCAGAAACUUCACGGAAAAGGGGCCAGCGGCACCGUACCAGUCGUCCAGUUACCUGACGCAGCAGCUCAGCAGCAACAUGGCGCAGAGAACCGCCGCCGCCGCCUCCUCUUCUGCGUCAGGCUACGGCGUUCAGAGACCCCCUGGUCUAAGUCUAACAACAGCCCAGACGAAAUUCACGUCGCUCCGGCCGUUGCCGCCUUCGGUCGUCCCUUCCCAUGCCUACGGCGCGCCGCCUCACGGACCCGUCACCGUCUUUCACCCGUCAGCUCCUCCCGUGCCGUAUCCAGCGAGCAAUUCUGGCGGUCCUGGCAGCAGCGACGCGGUGUUGGAGAUCGAGAGCGUGAGGUGGAGCGUGGUGGGAUCGAAGCCUGAGGGCUCGGAGCGUCUGAGGAGCUGCAAAAGGGCAGCAGAGAUGGACGCCGACGUGUCCGUGGCGUUGCUGAAGAAGCCUCUCACCGUCGCCGCCGCCGCCGCAGCACGGCAGGGGCUAGAUAUGUUGCUACCGGUCGCAGAGACGGGGUCGGAGUUCCGUGGAUCCACCAGGCCGGAGCCGGAGGCGCAGCCGCGGCCUAGUGGUACGAGUACGACGCCUAUUUGUGUCGACGACGAGCCUUGAGCUGAUGAUCUUCGACUUGGAGACGCAGGCAGGAUCGCGUCCCACACGGUCAUCGAAAGAUGUCAGCGCGAUGGUAAGGUACUACUACUACUACCAGUGGAGCUGAAACCUGGAGCGAAGCGUGUAUGGCAGUCAGCAGCCAAGUGCCAGCAGCAGCGUGUGCCAGCCAGGGAAAUCCCCUGGCCUGUGCGCGCGUUCGGUUACACCGCUAGCCCCUCGAGGAGGCGCGGGAGGUCAGCAUGCAUGUUCUAGGUGUGGUCUUUGGCCCUCUUUGUUCACCUGUAUACAUUGAAACACUCAUCAGUGGUUUUUGGCUGGAAGGGGGACCGGGGCAGGGCCAGAGCCAGAGCCUUCUGCUGUAUUGUUUAUCGUGUGCUGUGUGGCUCCUGCAUUUCCGUUUCGCUUUCA